UUUUGAAUUAUUUUUUUUCGUAAGAAAAAAUUGGUUCUCUUAAGAAAUUCUCUUUACCGUGUAGUAUUUCUGUUUAACCAGAGAGUGACGGUUUAUGAUAUAUUUUUUUUUCUCCCAUUAGCUUGUGACUUGUUGAUUCAUUAAUGUCUUCUGCUAGCAUUAGAGUCUCCUCAUCCUUUUGCUCUUCAUCUUCACUCCCUCUCCUUCUCCAUCCCCGUGUUAAAAUUUCCAACGUGCUCGGCAAUGGUCACUUGUAUCUGCGGCAAAAACAGUUCUCUUCCAGUCAUCUGCUUCGUCUCUGCUCUUUUAAUAGUGACCAUAAUGUUUACGAGUUACCAGAAUUUCAAAGUAGUCCUCUAGAUCAAAAAGGUACUGCAGAAAAAAAUGGAACCAGUCAAACAGAAUCACCCACAUCAAACACGAUUUUGACGAGAUUAAGAAGAUAUGGUGUUGCUGGAGUAUUAUCAUAUGGACUACUAAAUACUGCAUAUUACCUUACUACCUUUCUUAUCGUGUGGUUUUACGUUGCUCCAUCACCUGGAAGAAUGGGUUACCUUCCUGCCGUUGAACGGUUUCUCAAAGUAAUGGCCAUGGUAUGGGCUGGUAGCCAGGUUACAAAGCUUAUCCGAGCAGGAGGGGCUUUAGCUCUCGCUCCUUUUGUGGACAGAGGAUUAUCAUGGUUUACAACCAAGAUGAAGUUUAAAUCACAAGGAAAAGCUUUCGCGGUCGUUGCCGGGUUUUGCUUUGGUUUGGCUUUUAUGCUGUUUCUCAUAGUUACAUUACUCUGGGCAUGAAAAUUUUAUGUUGUUCAUUCGUCCAAGUGGGGAUUUACCGAGUUCUUCUGCUCAAGGCAAUGCUUGUCCAGUAGUGUAAGGAAAAGCAAAAUGGAGCUCCUUCUUCAACAAAGCCUCUAUUUCCUUUCCUGAAUUCAAAAUUCACUCAGAAAAGCAAGUCUAACCAAGAAGCAUAAAGCUGAUAUUUAUCUUAGCAUCGGGAAAUUAUUGUAGCACAUGGUGGAUAUUGACUUUCCAAGGUGCCUUUUUGUGAACUAUAGAAAAGAGUCUUGAACUCGACAAUCUUUAAUUGCUUUCGAAGAUGUUACCUCUACAGUUAAAUACAAUUCCAUUGAUAUGCGCCAAAAAGAAAAAAGAGAUCCAUGAUAAUGUGUAGUUUUAAAUGAAAAGAUGUGAGGUUUCAUAGAGAUGGCAUGAAA